GGGGCGCCCCCCAGCAGACCUGGAUGAAUGAAGCCCCGGGGCCCCGCCUCCUCUGCCUUAUAGCUCGGCGGCUGGCCCCUUCGGCCCACUGAGCCUGAGCUCCCCGCCAUGGGCUGGGGCAGCGCGGCCGCGGCUGGGCUGCUGCUGCUGCGGCUCCGCUCCCGCGCCAAGCCGGCGGCAUGACGCCCCCCCAGCUCUGUGUGUGGGGCCGCUUCAACCGCACCGCUGCCAGCAUGUGGGGCGGUGCCGGCGCCACGCGGGAAGCCGACAACGGCACGGCGCGCCCCGCGGAGGGAUGCGGCUCGGUCUCGGUGGCGUUCCCCUUGAGCAUGAUGCUGACGGGCACGGUGGGCAAUGCCCUGGCCAUGCUGCUGGUGUACCGCACCUGCCAGAAGAAGGAGAACACGCGGAAGAAGUCCUUCCUGCUGUGCAUCGGCUCCCUGGCGCUGACCGACCUCGUCGGCCAGCUCCUCACCAGCCCCGUGGUCAUCGCCGUGUAUCUGGCCAGCAGGAACUGGCAGGAGUUGGACCCCUCGGGCAACCUGUGCGCCUUCUUUGGGUUCUGCAUGACUGUCUUCGGCCUCUGCCCCCUCUUCAUCGCCAGUGCCAUGGCCGUAGAAAGGACCCUGGCCAUCAGAGCGCCUCACUGGUACGCCAGCCACAUGCGAACCAGGAUGACCAAGACUGUCUUGCUCAGCAUCUGGCUGGCAGUGUUUGCCUUUGCCCUCCUGCCCAUAGCUGGCUUAGGGCAGUACACCCUGCAGUGGCCCGGCACCUGGUGUUUUAUCAGCACCGGGGACAACCACGGUGUGGGCAACACCUUCUUCGCUUCAGCCUUUGCCUUUCUGGGACUUUGCUCUCUGAUCGUCACCAUGGCAUGUAACUUGGCCACGAUCAAAGCUUUAGUGGCUCGGUGCAGGACCAAACCCUCAGCAUCUCAGUCCAGCAAGCAGUGGGGGAGAAUCACCACGGAAACACUGGUCCAGCUGUUGGGGAUCAUGUGUGUUCUCUUUGCUUGUUGGUCACCACUGUUGAUUAUGAUGUUGAAAAUGAUCUUCAGUCACAAGUCGGUUGAACGCUGCAAGCCAUCUGACAACACAGUUCAAAGCAUAGAACUGCAGAAAGAAUGCAAUUUCUUCUUGACGGCUGUUCGCUUGGCCUCUCUAAACCAGAUCUUGGACCCCUGGGUUUAUCUGCUAUUAAGAAAAAUUCUCCUCCGAAAGUUUUGUCAGAGAAAAGGGGGAUCAAAUCUGUCUUUGGGUGCAGUAAUAUGAAGAAGAGCAUUUUAUAAAACAAGAAAGUAUGAGAGAUUAUUUGCAUCUUAGUUGUUUAUACCAAAAGAAUUUAAGCACUAUUUGCCAGGCAUGGCCGAUAUGACAUGACUGGCAACUGAAGCACUUUCUUAAAUGAAUUCAAAGAUCUUUAUCAGAAAUGUAAUUAUUUGUUUUGUUUUCCCAUUUAUCUGGGUCGGUGGGGAAGAUAUUUUUGCUGUAUCUUUUUGCAGAUGCCUUCUAUAUUAUUCUAAAUGUAUGUAAAUUUCACUACAGUAGUAUUUCAAAGAUCCAUUUUGAUAAAAUGAUGUACUUCUGUCAGAGACAUUGUGGAAACGGUGGUGUAUGGUGGAAUUCUUUUGAUAUAAUUUUGUUGGCAUUCAAAACACAGC